GUUGACAAAACCCGGUCCACCUUAAAACAGCAAUAGUUUCACGUCUGCUCACACGUCUUGUUCAUAUGUUUCACACUUGUACUCAACAAAUUCAAAUUUCCCAUUCAUCCAAUUUCUUUAUGAUAACUGCACAUUUCAUUAUUGUCUCAUUACUACCUUACCUUCCAUAACACAUUCACAUUAACAUUUUCUCUUCCCUUGCUUGCACCUCCCACAACACACAUCAUCAACAAAUCAUAUCAUGAAGAAUUCUACUCUUGCAACAACAACAAUAACCCUUUUGGCCAUUCUACUUUUUCUCCAUUCGUCACUUGCUCUCAAGGUACACCUUUUUUUUUAUUUUUUUAUAUUUUUUAAAUUUGUUAUUUUCAAUUACCCAUUUUGCUUCUCUGAGCUUAACCUUCUUAAACAGGAAGGACAAAUAUGUGUAGCAGACAAAAAUUGCAACUCAGGUUUACACUGUGAAACAUGUGUGGCAAAUGGAAACGUGAGACCAAGAUGCACACGUAUCCAACCAACAAAUCCCACUUCAAAGGUGAAGGGGUUGCCAUUUAAUCGGUAUUCGUGGUUAACAACGCAUAAUUCAUUUGCUCUUUUGGGUCAGAAAUCAGCUACUGGUUCUGUGAUUCUUGCUCCCACAAAUCAGCAAGACACCAUCACUGCUCAGCUUAAUAAUGGUGUACGAGGCUUGAUGCUUGAUUUGUAUGACUUCGAGAAUGAUGUUUGGCUUUGUCACUCAUUUGGUGGCCAGUGCUUCAACUACACAGCUUUUCAACCUGCAAUCAAUGUUCUCAAAGAGAUUCAAGUAUUUCUUGAAGCAAACCCAUCAGAAAUCGUUACUAUCAUUAUCGAGGAUUACGUUGCUUCGCCAAAAGGCCUAACAAAGGUGUUUAAUGCUGCUGGACUGAGAAAAUACUGGUUUCCAGUAUCUCGAAUGCCGAAAAAUGGUGGAGACUGGCCAACAGUAGAUGAUAUGGUCCAGAAGAACCAGCGUUUAGUAGUCUUCACUUCAAAAGCAGCUAAAGAAGCUUCUGAAGGGAUAGCCUAUGAAUGGCGAUAUUUAGUAGAAAACCAAUAUGGAAAUUCAAACGGAGGAAUGAAAGCUGGUUCGUGUCCAAAUCGCGCGGAAUCACCAACUCUGAACACAACAUCAAGAUCAUUAGUCCUAGUGAACUACUUUCGAGAUCUUCCGGAUGUAACUCAAUCUUGCAAGGAUAAUUCAGCUCCUUUGCUUGACAUGGUCAACACUUGUUAUCAAGCAGCUGGAAAACGUUGGCCUAAUUUCAUUGCUGUUGAUUUCUACAAGAGGAGUGAUGGAGGGGGAGCUUCAGAAGCAGUUGAUGUAGCUAAUGGUCAUCUAGUAUGUGGUUGUGGAAACAUAGCCUCUUGCAAGGCAAACAUGACAUUUGGAGCAUUAUGUCAGGUACCUGAAGCUGAAAUAACUUCUCCCCGUGGAGUUGCUCUAGAAUCCAGCUUUGCCAUUCUAAAUUGCAAGCCAGUUAAUUUAUUGUUGUCAUUUGCCACUACUCUUUUGGCAAUGCUUGUGGCAUUGUGAAAUAGUCAUUUCCUUUGAUGAAAUGCCAAAUAGAAGAGUGUAGGGAAAGGGUAUUAAAAAAAUAAAAAAUUGUGACAUUGAAUUGCUUGUGAUCUAUGUAGAACUGACACAUUAGAUUAAAGGCAUGUUUGGUGUUCGACACGUAUCAGUGUCGGACACUGACAUGACACUGACAAGUGGUUACAUUGAAUUAUUUUAUUUUCUCAAAUAAUUACUUGUAUCAGUGUCUUUGUCUAAUGCCUAUGUCUGUGUCAGUGCUUCAUAGGCUUAUACACAGUGUAGCUUAGAAUAAUACUAGGUUUUGUGUAACUGGUCUUUGUUUUUAUUUAUUGUAGGUGUGAGAUUUGAAAUUUGCAGUUGUAAUUUUAAUAUCAUGUUGUGUAUACAAUGGCCUCUCUAACUUGAUACUAUUGUGAAAUUGUGAGUGUGCACCAGAGUGCACUUGAAAUUAAAUUAAAAGUCUGUUGAGGAGACUGUUUUGUUCA